CUGCGCGCUGAAGUCACGUGACAGCCUGCCGUAGUUCAGCGCUCUGCUUUCCGUCUUCAACCUUCAUCCGCCACGGUACAAGUUACACAUGUUCCUCUGCAGCCUGAGGUUGUGAGGAGGUUUGUUUCACAACAAGGUUUGUCUCAAGAGGGUUUUCAGGGGGAAGAAGCGAUAAGGCGAGGGCCAUUGUUAGAGUGUGACCAACGUGAGGAUUCACGGGGGAGACAUUAGCUUAGCAAACACCGGGUGUCAGCGCUGCUGCUGACCCAAACAUGAGGCAGCCGUCUGCCGGACUGUAACCAGACGUCAGACACCUCUGUUAAGGAUACGCUUGCACAACUGCGGCAGGGAUGAACAGCGAAAACGUCACCCUCUGCGAGAAAACCGUCUCGUCCUCCUACAUCCGCCAGGGCUCUCAGGCUCGCCGUGGCCACGAACAGCUCAUCAGACAUUUACUGGACCAGGGUAAGUGUCCGGAGGAGGGAUGGAGCGAAAGCACCGUAGAGCUCUUCCUUAACGAGCUGGCCGUGAUGGACAGCAACAACUUCCUGGGCAACUGCGGUGUCGGAGAGAGGGAGGGCCGCGUGGCGUCCAGCCUGGUGGCCAGGAGACAUUACAGGCUGAUCCAUGGCAUCGGUCGGUCGGGUGACAUCGCUGCCGUUCAGCCCAAAGCUGCGGGAUCCAGUCUGCUCAACAAGCUCACAAACUCUGUUGUUCUGGACAUCUUGAAGAUUUCAGGUGUUCGCAGUGUGGCAAGCUGCUUCGUUGUUCCCAUGGCAACAGGAAUGAGCCUGACUCUGUGCUUCCUGACCCUCCGUCACCGCAGACCCAAGGCCCGCUACAUCAUCUGGCCUCGCAUCGACCAGAAGUCAUGUUUCAAAUCCAUGAUCACAGCAGGAUUUGAACCCGUAGUUGUGGAGAACGUCGUGGAGGGAGAUGAGCUGCGAACGGACCUAGAAGCGGUUCAACGCAAGAUCGAUGACCUUGGAGCAGAAAACAUCCUGUGCGUUCAUUCGACAACGUCUUGCUUCGCUCCACGGGUCCCCGACAGGCUUGAAGAACUGGCCACUAUGUGUGCCAAACAUGACAUCCCGCACAUCGUUAACAAUGCAUAUGGAGUGCAGUCGUCCAAAUGCAUGCAUCUUAUACAGCAGGGGGCUCGCGUGGGAAGAAUCGAUGCCUUUGUUCAGAGCUUGGACAAGAACUUCAUGGUUCCAGUAGGUGGAGCCAUAAUCGCAGGUUUUGAUGAGUCUUUUGUGCAGGAGAUAAGCAAGAUGUACCCAGGUAGAGCGUCGGCUUCACCUUCCCUCGAUGUCCUCAUUACCCUUCUCACUCUGGGAUCCAACGGCUACAAGAGGUACCUAUCGGAGAGAAAGGAGAUUUAUUCCUUCCUGGCUGAGGAGCUGCAGAGUCUUGCUUCUGCACACGGAGAGAGAUUGCUUCACACCCCACAUAAUCCCAUAUCUCUGGCCAUGUCUCUAGAUGGUCUCCAGGCCUCCAGCAACCAGGCGGUGACUCAGCUCGGCUCCAUGCUGUUCACCCGACAGGUGUCGGGAGCGAGGUAUCAAAACUGGGUGAUACCGCUGGGUAAGGAGCAGACGAUAAGCGGUCACACCUUUCGUGGAUUCAUGUCGCACUCCGAGUCGUACCCUUGCCCGUACCUCAACGCCGCCUCGGCCGUGGGCAUCACCCGAGGCGACGUGACGCUGUGCAUGAAGAGGCUCGACAAAUGUCUGAAAGCUCUAAAGAAACAUGGGAAAACGGCGGGCAGCUGCUCCACAGAACCUCAGGCCGAUCAGGAGGCGCCUGAUGAAGAAUGACUGAGCAGAGGAAGCUUAAACUCCCUACCUCUUAUCUAGUGUGAUGCUUUAAGAGACUGGCACAUUCUUGAAUGUUUGCCUAAAAAAUCAGAAAAUUGAUCAUUUCUACAGAUUUUAUUUAUAAUUAAAGCUGUUUGCACUGUGACGUCUGAGUCGCUCCCUGUCUCGGAUUUAAACAAAAAAAAAAGAUUUGCAAUGUGUUGUGUUGUGCGGUGUCUUCUGCAGCGAGCUGUAACGUGAUCUGAAUGCUGCUGUGCUGUUAACUCCAUCUGAAGCCUGUUCAGUGGAUUAGCUCGCUCUAUUUUUAGCCUCGGUUAGAGAUAAUCAAUGAUAGGGGCCCAAUCAUAGAUCAGCCCUGUGUUUACAGAGGGAACCCUUCACUUCACAUCUAAAGAGAUCAAGACGUCUUCAGGACCUCAGAGAGUUUUCCUCUCCGAUUUAAUUUCUGCACCGUGUUUUCCACAUCUGGGCUUCAUCUUCUGCAGCUUACAAAGGCCAAUCGCAGGAGACCUUUGCUUUAAAGCAAGAAUAAGACAUUAAAACCAGCCUCGACUUCAUGUGUAAUUUCAGCUCCCAGAUGUUUUCCCACCUGCGCGCUCGGAAAUACGUGUGCAAGCAGAGGCAGCUGCAGAACAACCCCCACCCAGCAGCCUGUGAAAGUGGGCUGGACUCGGGACGGUUAUGCUGUCGUAUCAGCACAUUUCCACACUUCUCAGCUGUACUGAAACAUGAACAAAAUAUAGUGGAAAAACACUGCACAGUGACAGCAGGCUGGUACAAUGCAGCAGCCUGAAGAGGAGCUGGAGGGGUUGGAAAAGUUGAGGGGGUGGGGGGCCUAUUUUAAUGUGCUCAGUGGUGCUGCUCUUCAGCAUGAAGGAAGAAAAAAAAAGUGCUUUACCUCUGUUGCUGAUAUCGUAACACUGCAGCAGUGCUUGAUAGAGCAUGAAAGUAAUCAAUUUGAGAUAUACUACAAAUAUGGCGCUUCUUUGAUUCCCUGAAAAAGGUGAAGCAUGGGGAAAGAGCUACUCCUGUGGCUACACCUUACAAUCAGAGCUCCAACCAUCCUCUGGAUGUUGCAACAUGACAAAUUGCUCCUCUGUUUACUUUCAGAACCUGCCAGGAGUUCGUUGAUGAUUUGCUGCGCCGUCCACAGAGGUUUAUAAAGAAAAAAAAAGCAAUUGCCCAAUAAUCUGUUAUUUUGCAAAACUGUCCAUCACUCUGACUUUUUCUUGCAAGGUGUAUCCCAGAUAUAUCUAUAUAUACCUGUGCAUUUAAGGAAAUUUAAAUAUGUAAAAGCUCAAGAUUUGUCACUCAUUUCAGAAAGUUUGUUGUGCAGAUUCAUUACACAUAGCAUGACAUGUUUCCAACCUAUAUUUCAUGUAACUCUUUCGAUUGUAGCUUUACAGGUUAUUUCCUACACAGCCAUGGGGAAAUCUGCUGACUUGAUGCCCAGAAGACAGUUAAUGACACAAAAGCUCAUCACUAAAGAAACUUGUUGCUCGGAGUGCUGUAUCCAAGAAUAUUCAUAUAAAGUUAAGCGGUAGGAAAAGCUGCAUUAGCAGCCAGGAUAAUUGCAGCCUUGAAAGGAUUAUCAAGCAAAAUCCAUUCAAUAAUUUGAGGCUUUCACAAGGGGGGAAAACCUCAAAUUAUUGUUGUUGAGGCUGUAUCAAUAACCUGUUCACAUGUGCCAUUAUCUGGUCAAAUGUGUGCAACACAAAUGCAAAGCAGCUCUCAGAAACAGCAGCUGCCCGACCAAGUAUUUGUUCAGUGAAUCACCGGAAAGAUACUAAAUCUCCAAGCAUAAUUUGGUUCACACAGUCCAUCUUUACAUUUGUAAAGACAAAUGCAGAUAAGCUAUUUGUCUUUACACUUUAUAUCCCUUUUCCCACACUUUAUGUAAAUUGACGACUCCCUUCAUGUUUUGCUUUGAAUCAUGAUGCUCUGUGUUGCUAUUGCAGUCAAAUGAAGUCACUGAUUACGCAUGUAUUUCCUUCUGUUUUGUCCACAGCCGUAUAUGAUAAGAGUUUGUGUGGGUUUAGCCUGCAUUCUGAUGAGUAAUUGUUCUUUCGCCUGCUCUGGGUUCAAAAUGUUGCAGUGGCUCUCUCUUCUCCUUCCUGUGCGUUUGCUCACAAAUGAACACGAGCGCGCAUGCAGGUGCUCUAACUCUGUGUGUGCAGUCAGAGCAGAUGAUGCAUGGAUCGACGUAGAGGCGCUGCGCUGUCCGUGGUGCUGCUGCAGCUC